AUGGGUGCCAACUGCCUCGCGCAGACCAAUGCACUCUUCAGGAAGAAUCUCGUGAUCCAGAGGCGCAACCACAGGUCGAAUUGCUGCCUCAUCUGCUUCCCGCUGCUCAUCUGCUUGCUACUCGGAGGGGUGCAGAUGAUCGUGGCGAUAGCUUAUUACGCCAGUUCAGCGGCGCACAGGCCACGGAUCGACUGCGGCUACUGCACCGCUAGCACCAACAGCUCCAGCACGGACACGGUAGGAGGUCUCGUUUGCCCAACCGAAUGCCCCCUGCCGAUCGCGCCGAAAUGGCCGCCGGUGCUGCAGCUGCCGCCGGCACCGGACGACAUGGACAUCGGUUCCUCGGCGUCGACCAAUCUCACGGGCGCUUCGAUCAGAAGGUCGAAACCCCCCGCGGCGACGUUCCUUGUCACUGGUACCAACCAGUCAUUUGCAGAAAGUGUCAUGAGUAACAUGUUACCCAAGCAUGGGGAGUUGAAUUCUGCAGCCGACAUCUCCAAUAUUGCUGAUUUCGCACUGGGUACAGAUGCAAUGCGCUUUAUCUCUAAUGGCGCUGAGGAACUCGGUUCUGAUUUUGACCACCGCAACCACCUCUUUUUCCUUCAGAGAAGCUGCACUCCGAACGCGACACUUUCUUUUCUAGUCCAAGAAGGUAGCAGCAAUUUUACCAAAGCAUAUGACCUCACAAGCUCAAACCUCAACAAGUUUAACUUGAUUGUCUCAUACAACUCAACAUACAAGGGUGAUACUCAAUUGUCAUUGUCGUUAUCUUCACUUUCAUUUUCACCAAUAUUGCUUCGAGUUCCACGGUUAUUGAAUCUGGUCUCAAAUGCAUACCUUCAAUUGAGGGGCAGUGAUACUAAGAUACAGUUUGAGUUUAUUAAAGACAUGCCUAGAGUUGCUCAACAAGAAUUGCCUAUUGAUAUAUCUUUCUUAGUGGGGAAAUUGGUUUUCGUAUGGAUGAUAAUGCUUCUUUUCCCUGUCAUCCUGAGCAAUUUAGUCUAUGACAAGGAACAGAAGCUAAGAACUAUAAUGAAGAUGCAUGGCCUAGGAGAUAUGGCAUACGGGAUUAUAUCAUACUGCUAUUUUCUUCUUCUAUCGCUACUGUAUAUGCUCUUCUUGGUGUUUUUUGGCUCUCUUUUUGGCAUAAAGUUAUUUAUAUUGAGUGACUACAGGGUACAAUUUGUGGUUUACUUCGCCUACAUAAACUUGCAAAUUUCGUUUGCUUUUCUUAUAGCAACAUACUUUUCAAAAGUCAGAACUGCUAGUGUGACUGGAUAUCUCUUCACAAUUGGGUCUGCCUAUUUAGGAGAAUAUUUAUUCAGGCCUAUUUUUGAAGAUAUGUCCAUGUCAAGAAGCUGGACAACACUUAUGGAGUUCUUCCCACCAUUUUCUUUGUACCGCAUAAUCUACGAGUUCUCUCCACCUCCAUCACCUUUGUAUCGUACAGACUUUUCUGGAAUACACUGGGAAGACUUGAGUGAUCACAAGAAUGGAAUGAUAGACAUUCUCAUCAUAAUGGCAAUCGAGUGGGCCACAUUCCUUUUGUUAACAUUCUUUUUGGAUGAAUUUGGUACUCUCCAAAACGGAAUUAGAAAAAUAGUAUCAGCUUGUCACUCAAGCACAGAUUGGAGCUCUCACACUUGUCAGAUGCAGACUAUUCAGCUUCAAGAAUUCCUAUCCUCAGUUGAAACAGACAUGACUGAUGUAUUGAGAGAGAGAGAAAUAGUUGAACAACUCUUACAAGAAUCGGAUAGCAGUUAUUCAGUAAUAUGCGACAAUCUUAAGAAAGUGUACCAUGGAAAAGAUGGAAAUGCAGAGAAAAUUGCUGUCACAGGGUUAUCACUUUCUAUACAACGUGGGCAGUGUUUUGGAAUUCUUGGUCCAAAUGGUGCUGGAAAAACCUCUCUCAUUAGCAUGCUGACAGGAUUUACUAAACUUACAUCUGGCACGGCUUAUAUUGAUGGAAUGGACAUACGAUUGGACAUGAACAAAAUCUAUACAGGAAUUGGUGUUUGUCCACAAUUUGA